AUGCGGAUUUCGAUCGGAAUUUUUGCCCUUGCGGCAGCCUCUUCCGCUGCAGCUAGCAAUGAGGCGAACAGUCGUGUUCGCCAAAGACCGGAUGAGUUCUGGGACCAUAUAAUCAAGGGCAGCGAUGUCGUGGAUUCUAUGCACGCAGCACGGGACCAGGAGAGCAGCGAGCUUGUAAACUUCAACAUGCGUGCAAAAGCUGUCGAUCCCAGCAGUCUUGGAAUUGAUACUGUGAAGCAAUAUAGCGGGUAUCUGGACAAUGAGGCGGAGGACAAACAUCUAUUUUACUGGUUCUUUGAAUCGAGAAAUGAUCCCUCUACAGAUCCCGUUGUGCUUUGGCUUAACGGAGGGCCAGGAUGCUCUUCUAUGAUUGGUCUCUUUGAGGAACUCGGCCCUUCCCGAGUCCUAUCCAAUCUUACCAUCGUUCGCAACCCUCACGCUUGGAAUAAUAACGCCUCUGUUAUUUUCAUCGACCAGCCUGUCAAUACAGGCUUCUCAUACACCAAUAAGAAUGAGACUACGAGCAGCCUGGCUGCAGCCUACGAUCUCUACGCUCUGCUCACACUAUUCUUCACUGAGUUUCCCGAAUACUCGACCCAAGACUUCCACAUUGCUGGGGAAUCAUACGCAGGGCACUAUGUUCCCAGCAUCGGACACAAAAUCGUUUCCGAGCCGGACACCAUUAUCAACUUGAAAAGCAUUUUAGUCGGAAAUGGCUUGACCGAUGCUCUGACACAAUACGCCUACUUCCGCCCAAUGGGCUGCGGAGAGGGAGGUUACAACGCGGUGUUGUCUGAGCAAGCCUGCCAAACCAUGGAGUCUAAUCUGCCUCAGUGCCAGGAAAGUAUCCAGAAGUGUUACGACGGGGGUUCCAACACUGUGUGCAUAAAUGCUUUCUCCCUUUGCAACCGUCUGUUUAUAACGCCCUACUCAUCCACCGGUGCUGACUUGUAUGAUGUCCGGCCGAACCAACCCGAACUCGACUCCGGUAUAAACGAAUGGCUGAACAAGCCCGAGGUCAUUGAAGCCCUGGGAGUUGAGGUGGACGGAUUUGAGCAAUGUGAUACUACCGUGUACCUGGAGUUCCUCUACUCAGGGGACUGGAUGCAGCCAAUGCACCGCCUCAUUCCGGACAUCCUGGCCAAAAUUCCGGUGCUCGUCUACGCUGGUGAUGCAGACUACAUCUGCAAUUGGCUCGGAAAUCGAGCCUGGUACAAGGCUCUGGACUGGUCUGGGCAUGAAGCCGUUAACAACGCCCAGGUGCAAGCUUUGUACGCUGGUGACGAACACUACGGCGAUCUCACUGUUGCGGACAAUUUCGCCUUUAUUCAAAUAUUCCAGGCUGGCCAUUACGUGCCAACUCAUCAACCUAUGGGUUGGAGGAGAAUGGACAAGCUAGAAGGAGAAGGUGUGAAAUUAACCAUGGAAAUUGUGAAUGGCCUGCUGAGGCGGGCAUCUCUUCUAAGCAAACCUAAGUGGAUAAAAACAGGGGAAACGUUUAAAGACAAACUUGUUGACAUUCUCGUUGAGAUCGGUCGUCUUUUUGCGGACGUUGAUAGUUUGGCUAAACCUCAGGAGAUUUCUGAGCGGCUGAAGUCGAUUUUGGACAGGUUAUGGGCCGUGAAUGAUGAAUUGAAUAGUCGGUCCGUUGGUUCCGGCCGUGAUAUUCUCAACGAACCACUUUCCAAUGAAAACUGGAUGGUUGGAGAUCUCGGUCCUAUCACAAAGACUGACUUCUCACCACAAUCACUUAAACCGGAUCGGAUCCAGGCAACAGAGUACCGUCGCAAGAUUAGCCAGCUCAUGCCAUUCUUCCAGGUAGCCCAGGCAACAGUUUGGGCCGUUCCUAUGUUGUCACUCCCAAUCGGCUGUUCGCUUACAUUCCUUCAAAACCAACACAAUAGCGAGGAGGUGCUUGAACUUAAGAUACAGUUCAGUCAAGCCUUGGGUGGGAAAGCCAGUUUCGCAAUCUCGCGGUCUUUGAAGAGCUUGGGCAGGUAUGAAGGAGGCGCUCCUCGAAUCUAA